AUGAGGGUACAUGAUUACGUACAACUGCGAUGAAGCUUUUCUUCUGGUUUAGAGAGAGAAAGUCCGGGAGUAGACACUGAUUGAACCACGAUUCACCACUUGCCGUCUACAUAUUUAAGGAUCCGUUUCUCCUGUCUGUGAUGUUUUGCGAAGCAACUGGAAGGUGCCCAUCUGCAGGGCCAUGGCAGGAUGAUGCCACAGUGAAACUAACUCUGUGUUGAGCGCGUACCGGAAAGUUGACUGGUUCUGCCACCCCUUUCUUGACCAUGACCAAUGGCAGACUUUAAAAGCAAGUGAAAAAGAUCAUAACUUUUUACCUGCAGUCGAGUCUUUUUCUCUGCUGUUGCAUCAUGCAAGCAUGCAGAAUUGAAAAGCGGAGCAGAAGCAAAUGCAGCAAUACUGUCCUCUUCUUCCCAGAUGCUUUAAAAAGAUAUCAGAACGCAGAGGAAAGAGAAAGAGAUGGUACAACUGUAGAUAGAGUCAUAGAGCACAGUGGGCCAAUCCCCAUACUUGCUGUUCUCUCUCUCUCUCUCUCUCCUCCCCCGUUGUCUGUGCUAUAAAAAUUAGAUAGUGGCGGUGAAUGUCCUCUCCCCUUCUCUCCACACACACUCUCUCUGAGGGUCUAUAAAACUGGAAGAUUCAGAGGCAACACAGAGGGAUUGAUUGUAGGAUCCCAUACUUGCAGUUAAUUCUCUCACCUAUCUCCCUCGAAAUGACUUGCACAGAUAAGGUGAGAGGGACGUGAGUCUCUCUCUUUCUCUCUGUCUUGUGCCUUUGAAUGACAAUGUAGAAAGCAGGAGAACCAAAGCAAAACAAGUCUCCUUCUUUUGCUCUAUUUGCCGUAGAGUUCAGUGCAGAAGAAGAACGAAAAGUGGUGCAGCUGUACUUGCUACUCUCUCUCUGCGUUUUCCGUGGAGUUGCAGUGCAGAAGAAGCCAUUAGAACAGCAGCAUCUCUCUCUCUCUCUCUCUCUCUCUCUCUCUCUCUCUCUCUCUCUCUCUCUCUCUCUCUCUCUCUCUCCAAAUAAACAACAAUGUCGACGAGACAUAACCCUCCGUUGGUCUGCCUUCUCUUCCUGCACUCUUCCCUCCUCCUCCUCCUCCUCCUUGUUCUCCCCUCAGCUUCGGGCACCAUUGCCACCACCAACCCUGAAGCUCAAGUCCUCCUCUCAUGGCUCCAGUCCGUCGACUACCCACCACAGGAGCUCGUCUCUUCCUGGUCCGCCCAGAGCCCCGACCCUUGCCUCUGGUCCUACGUCUCUUGCUCAUCUCGAUCCCAUAUCACUGAGAUCGUCAUCCCUUCGCUUCAGCUCCUCGGCCCACUCCCUACCCAAUUCACCAAACUCUCCUUCCUCACCAAGCUUGUUCUCUCCGGCAACAACCUCACUGGAGAAAUCCCUCCCGAAAUCGGGAACCUCACCUCCCUCGCGGUCCUGGACCUUAGCUCGAAUGCCCUUACCGGAAAUAUCCCGCCGGAGAUAGGAAAACUCCGAGACCUCGAGGUCCUCUCCCUCAGCUCCAACCUCCUUUCCGGGGAGAUGCCGCCGGGGAUAUGGAAUUGCUCCCGCCUUCGAAUCGUCAAUUUGGUCGACAACCACCUUUCUGGCCGGAUUCCGGUGGGACUGGGUCGGCUAGAUGGUCUCGAGGUCCUGCGUUUAGGCGGUAAUCGAGCGAUCGAGGGUGAUAUCCCGGAAGACUUGUCUAAUUGCGGAAACUUGGUCUUUUUGGGUUUUGCCUUCACCAACGUCUCUGGUCGGCUUCCGGCUGGUUUCGGCCGUUUGGGGAAGUUACAGACGCUAUCCAUGUACAGCACCAUGGUUUCCGGUGAAAUUCCGGUGGAGAUAGGCAAUUGCUCGGAGUUGGUCAACCUAUACCUUUAUGCAAACCGCAUCUCUGGCCAGAUUCCAGUUGAAUUAGGCCGGUGCCGGAAGUUGGAAAGACUCCUUCUGUGGCAGAACGAGCUCACCGGAGCAGUGCCGGAGACAAUCGGAAAUCUGACCCAACUGAGCACUCUGGACCUCUCCUUGAAUCGCUUGAGCGGCGAAAUCCCGCCAGCCAUUUCCAAAUUAGGAAAGUUAACGACUCUUCUUCUCUCAGAUAACGGUUUCACUGGCCGGAUUCCUUCCGCACUUGGAAACUGUACCGCCCUGACUCAGCUGGAAUUGGACAACAACAGGCUUUCUGGCGAGAUCCCGCCGGAGAUUGGCAGAUUGACUGAACUGACGUUGUUCUUUGCAUGGCAGAAUGAUAUCUCGGGUGCUCUUCCGGCAGAAUUGGCUUACUGCGCCAAACUCCAGGCGCUCGACUUCUCCCAUAAUCGACUCGUUGGCUGGAUUCCACCCAGCUUGCUUCAGCUGAAGAACAUGAGCAAGCUGCUUCUGAUAUCCAACGAUUUGUCGGGGCCAAUCCCACCAGAAAUUGGCAACUGCACCGCAUUGGUUCGUCUCCGGCUUGGGGGCAACCAGCUUUCCGGUGCAAUCCCGGGAUCGAUUGGAAAAUUGGCGAGCUUGAAUUUCUUGGAAUUAUCUGAUAACAGGCUAUCAGGCACGAUUCCGCCAGAGAUUAGUAACUGCACAAAAUUGGAGAUGGUGGAUUUCCACGGGAACGGCAUUGAAGGAAGCAUACCAUCUUCAUUGGGAUCAAUUCAUGGCCUUCAUGUUUUAGACCUCUCUAUAAAUAGGCUGUCUGGUUCUGUUCCUGAUUCUUUUGGUUCCCUGAAAUUCCUCAAUAAACUUAUGUUGAAUAGAAAUAACCUCUCAGGUUUGAUACCCAAUUCUUUGGGAUUCUGUUCUGGCUUGCAAUUAUUGGACUUGAGCUGCAACAGGAUCUCUGGAUCCAUGCCUGAUGAGUUGGGUGAUUUGCAAAACUUGGAUAUCUCACUGAAUCUCAGUUGGAACUCUCUGUCCGGCUUGAUCCCAAAAACAUUUUCACAACUAGCCAAUCUUGCAUACUUGGACCUUUCUCACAACAUGCUUACAGGAAGUGUGGGAGUUUUAGGUGGCCUUCAAAAUUUGGUUUCACUGAACAUUUCUUACAACAACUUAUCUGGGCUCCUUCCUGAUACGAAGUUAUUCAGGGAGCUUCCUCAGAGUGUUUUGGAGGGUAAUUCUGGAUUGUGCACUAGUGGGGAUGGUUGUUUCAUUCAAGUUAAUCAGACCAAAGAUGGCGAAGCACACAAGAAGAGUCUUAAAUUGGUGAUUGCUCUGCUGGUUUCUGCAACAUUACUGGUACUAAUAUCAAGCCCUUUGCUGAUAAAGCGAGUGCACACCAUUACGAGGGAAGCCAGAGGCAUGGGAGGUGAUUGGAAAUUCACCAUGUUCCAAAAGGUGAACUUCUCUUUUGAUGAACUGCUCAUGGGAUUGGUGGAGGAAAAUGUGAUUGGAAAGGGGUGUUCUGGUGUGGUUUAUCGGGUGGACACAGGGAGAGGUACAGUGGUCGCUGUGAAGAAGCUUUGGCCUUCGAAGAAUGAAGAGAACUCUCUUGAGAGGGAUUCAUUCAUUUCAGAGGUUAAAACCCUCGGGCUUAUCAGGCACAGAAACAUAAUCAGGCUGCUGGGCUUCUGUACUAAUGCAAACGUUUGGCUGUUGAUGUAUGACUAUAUGCAGAAUGGGAGCCUGGGUGAGUUACUCCAUGAGAAGAAGAUGUUCCUGGAUUGGCAUACUAGACACAAGAUUAUACUUGGUGCAGCACAGGGUCUGGCCUAUCUUCACCAUGACUGUAAUCCACCGAUUGUUCACCGAGAUAUAAAGGCUAACAACAUCUUAAUUGGCAUUGAUUUUGAAGCCUAUCUUGCAGAUUUUGGGUUGGCAAAGCCUGUGGAUCCAUCCGAAGAGACUAAAUCUGCCAAUACUGUGGCUGGUUCUUACGGUUACAUUGCUCCUGAAUAUGGAUAUCGGAUGAAGAUUACUGAGAAGAGCGAUGUGUACAGUUAUGGUGUUGUUCUUCUUGAAGUGUUGACAGGGAUGCAACCUACUGAUCCACAAUUGCCAGAAGGCAUGCAUAUUGUGAACUGGGUUUGCCAAAAAUUACAGAAAGAGAGCACAAAUGCUAUAGACAUUCUCGAUGAGGGCCUUAGAGGUUUGCCAGAUUCACAGAUUGAAGAAAUGACACAAGCUCUGGGUGUGGCUUUACUAUGCAUCAACUCAUGCCCAGAGGAGCGCCCGGCCAUGAAAGAUGUGACUGUAAUGCUGAAGGAAAUUAUGCUUGAAAGUGAAGAAUGUUGUGCCAAGGCUAGGAUGAUCAUUGAACACAUGAGUAGAGCCCCACCAUCACACUGUCCUAGCUUCUCAAGGUCUUCUGAGCCUCUCAUCACCUCACCUAUGUAUUCCUCUGGUUCUGGCAGGUUGGGAUUUGACUAAGCUAUUGUACAGUUAAUUGGUAGUUGUCAAUUAACUUUCGGUUUAUUGUGUAUUCUUGGAAUUUGAUGGUUGGAAUACUGGGUGAAAUUGGAAUUUGUUCAUGAUAUAUUAAUGUGUGAAUAUUCAUUCUUAGAGUAAA